AUGGCUUCCUCAAAUGAUGAAGAAUCCAAGACGAAACGAUUCCUUAAAUCACGGCUACUGAUACAACCCCCCGUUGAUAGCGAUCCUCGACUUUUAAGUAGAGGCUCCAAAGCCCUUAUUCUUGUUAUCAUUGCUCUUGCAGCUACCACAGCGGGUUUUUCUAGUACAAUCUACUUUCCAGGCAUGCCCAUGAUUACUGAAGAUUUUCAUGCACCUCCGAUGGCCACCACGCUGACCGCAGCUCUUUUUAUUCUAUUUAUGGGAAUAUCACCAGUAAUCUGGGCUGCCCUUUCUGAUUACUACCAAAUUCGACGCUUUUUGCUCUUUGUAUCCAUGAUCAUUUUUGCCGUUGCAUCACUUGGCAAUGCAUUAAUGACAAACAUUUGGGGUAUGGUUGUCUUACGUUGCGUACAAAGUGUGGGCGCAAGCUGCGGCCAAUCCGUUGGAGCUGGUGUUAUAAGCGACUGUUAUCCAAUUGAAAAACGGGGUGCUGCCUUUGGAAAGUUCUUUCUUGGAUACUUUAUUGGACCCCUCAUAGGACCGAUCCUUGGUGGUUUCUUGAUCAUGAGCGAUCAAACAUGGCGAGCCACGUUUUGGUUUUGUUUCGCCUUUGGAAUGCUUGUGGCCAUUGUGAUCCUUGCCGUGUAUCCUGAAACUUAUCGUAUCAAUGCAAAGUUUGAUCCACCAGAACAGCAAGAAGAAGCAGCAGCACGUGGUACUGAUAAUGAUGAUGCCAGCUCAGAAUCAACAACCGUUUCCAUCGCCAUCCCAGCAGGUACCAGUGAUGAAACAACCAACUCGUAUCAGCAAAAUGAAAAGAAAGAUGUCGAAAAACAGCAAGAUCCAGUGGACAAACAAGUGACACCUGUCAAAAAGAAACGCAUCAAUCCUAUUCGACCCUUUCUUAUGCUUCGUCAUCCGCACGUCAUGCUUACUUCGCUCGUUGCCAGCGUUGCUUUCGGUAGCAUGUUUGCUGUUGAAACGGUGUUGCCCGAUUUGUUCGAAUCCACCUACAACUUUAACGCAUGGCAAACAGGUUUGAGUUUCCUUGGUGCCGGUGUUGGUAAUACAUGUGGCGCCAUCAUCAAUGGCUUUUUAUCUGAUCGAUUAUUGAUGCGUGCACGAGCCAAACGUGGUGGCAAACCUCUUGCCGAAGACAGGUUGACAGUAAACCUUUGGUCGUGUGGAUUUGUGUUCAUGCCAUUUGGAUUGCUUCUCUUUGGAUGGGGCAUUGAACGACGUCUCAGCUAUUGGACAGGCAUUGUUGGUUUUGGCGUACACAAUUUCGGCAUGAAUCAAGUCAUGACAGCUACAAGCGCUUAUCUCGUUGAUGCUGUUCCAGGUGAAGGUGCAUCCAUCACAGCAGCUGCCAACCUUGUACGUAUGGUCGUUGCAUGUGUACUUACCCUCGUUGUCAAUCCUCUCGUCAGUGCCAUCGGUCCUGGUUACACCAUGGUCAUUUUGGCAGUUUUGACAUUUGCAUCCAUGGCAUUGCUGGCCAUUGUCAAGUUUUAUGGUCCACGUAUCAGACGUCAUUAUGGCUUGAUGCAGCCAUCCGAAUUAUAA